AGCUGGUCAGGGCUAUUAAAUGAAAAAUCAAUCAAGGCGUGUAGGCCGUCCUGAGAGAUCAAGGUUCGAGCAAAGCAUCUGGAAACAGCUUGCAGCCUGAACGCAGCAGAAGUUUCCCGGGCGGCUCGGCUCAGUCUGCAGGAUCUCCAGCUCUCUCGGCCCGCGGAAGGUUCGGAGGUUUCGUGCGUCUGUGCGCGGUGAGCUAUCUGCAGCUGCACACCAUGGUGAUCCCCACCGCUGGGUUUUGUUCCCAGUUCCUUCGGAGGACCGCUGCUUUCUCCGCUCCUCUGAGGGUUUUCCGAACACCGUGGACACGUCAGCCAGGAUUACCUGCUGCUGCAGCUCGGAGCAUCCAUGUGGACUCUCCCCCUGUCGUCCCCACUCUCACCACCAGCUACGUUCACGGCACGUCGUCCACGGCGCUGCUCCACGACACGGUGGCAGAGGCCCUGCAGAAGUCCGUGGAGCGCUGGCCCGACAGGGAGGCCAUGGCGUUUCUGCAAGACGGAGUCCGCAAAACCUACGCAGAGUUUCAACAAGAUGUGGACCGGGCUGCUGCAGGACUUCUGGCUCUUGGGCUCAAGAAAGGAGACCGACUCGGCAUGUGGGGGCCGAACACUUACGAAUGGAUCCUGUUCCAGUUUGCAACCGCUAAAGCUGGGAUUAUUCAGGUGUCUGUAAACCCAGCAUACCAACAGAUGGAAGUGGAGUACGCCCUACAGAAGGUUGGCUGUCAAGCCAUUGUGUGCCCUACAGAGUUUAAGACUCAGAAAUACUGCAACAUGCUGAAGAAGAUCUGUUCUGAAAUCGAGUCGUCCAGCCCAGGAGACAUCAAGAGCGCCAGACUCCCAGAGCUUCGCUCCGUGAUCCUCCUGGACAGCAGGCAGCCGGGAAUGUUUCACUUUGACGACGUGAUGCAGGCGGGAGACAGCCGCCAUGCGAAGCAGCUGCAGGAUCUGCAGAAGAAGCUCUCCUUUGACGACCCGAUAAACAUCCAGUUCACCUCGGGCACCACAGGAGCUCCGAAAGGUGCCACUCUUUCACAUCACAACAUCAUCAACAAUGCCUACUUUGUUGGGAAAAGAGUUGGGUACACCUGGAAGCCCCACACCCGUGUCUGCGUGCCGGUGCCUCUGUACCACUGCUUCGGCUCUGUUGGUGGAGGGAUUGCUAUGGCCGUGCAUGGCCUCUCCCUGGUGUUUCCCUCGGCAGGGUACAACGGAAAGGCCAACCUCGACGCAAUGCAGAGCGAGAGAUGCACAUACAUCUACGGGACUCCCACCAUGUAUGUUGACAUGCUUAACCAGCCGGAUUUGGCUAAAUAUGAUUUGUCAUCCGUAGAGGGAGGCCUCAUGGCUGGCUCUCCGUGCCCCGCAGAGCUGGUGAAGAAAGUGGUGCUUCAAAUGGGCAUCAAAGAAUUGACGAUUGGAUACGGCACCACGGAGAACAGCCCAGUGACGUUCCUCGGCUGUCCCCUGGACAACAUGGAGAGGAAGUGUGAGACUGUUGGCUACAUCGUGGACCACGUGGAGGCUAAAAUAGUAAACCCUACAACUGGCCAGAUUAUGCCUCUGGGGAUGAAAGGGGAGAUAAUGGUCCGAGGAUACUGCGUGAUGCUGGAAUACUGGUCCGAACGGGCUAAAACGGAGGAGUGCAUCUCUAAAGACGGCUGGUACAGAACUGGAGACAUCGGCAGCUUGGACGCCUACGGCUACUGCAAGAUCGACGGCAGGAUUAAAGACAUGAUCAUCCGAGGAGGAGAGAACAUUUACCCGGCAGAGAUCGAACAGUUCCUCCACAUGCAUCCCAAAGUGAAGGAGGCACAGGUGGUUGGAGUCAAAGAUCCUCGAAUGGGUGAAGAGGUCUGUGCCUGCAUCAAACUGGUGGACGGCCAGGAGUGCACAGCAGAGGAGAUCAGAGCAUACUGCAAAGGACAGAUUGCCCACUUCAAGAUUCCUCGCUACAUCCUCUUUUUGACCAGCUUCCCACUCACCGUUACUGGAAAGAUCCAGAAGCAAAAGCUACGUGAGGAGGCCGAGAAGCAGCUGAACUGAAUCAGAGGAAAUGACAGACUUCUCUCCUGAACGGAGAGAAUCCAAUUGCUGUUUCCAGUACAUAAACUGUAUAUGAAUCGUGUAACAUAAACUACAAUUUGGAUUAAGCCAUCCGGCCAUCAGAACAAGAUAAAAUGUCUGGAGAAGCAUCUCUGGCAGACGGUGUAAUCCGUAAGCAGACCAGCGAUGGGCAGGGAUCUUUAAACUCUGAUUAGUGGGUCAGGUAUUUAAGCUCUUACAAGAAAAAGGCAUUAAUUCGUUUUAUAAAACGUUAUGACAAGGACGCGAUUUACUCUGCAAACAUGUAUAGACUCAGAUCCAGGUCGAAAGCAACACAGGAAUCAAGACGGAACAUAAAAUAUGAUUUUAGCACUCAAGUGUGAUUUCAUUUCUUUUAAACAGUUCUGCUCUGACCGUCCUGUGAGGUUGAUGUGUGCGGACAAACUUGUUGGUCUGCUCAGUUUUUACCCAAAACUUCCAUUUUUAUCAUUUUUUUUUUUUUAUCUCAACUUGAAAUAAACUCUAUUAAAGCCAGACCUGGGUGUUCCUCUUUUACGGGAAGAACGGAGGCGUUUUUCUUCAUCCCGGCAGCAGGUGCACGCCUCCCCGGCCCUCCACAUGCCGCUCGCUCUGAUUAAAAAUGUAAAAAAUGAGCCGACAUGGCAGACACGCUGAAAGCCGUAAAGAAUUUCCUGCCUGGACGACAUGUGCGGGCUGCAGGGUCGGGUGUCGGCGGCUGUCUAGACCUGAAGGAUUCGGCCCAGAAAUAGCUUCUAAAACAAACGUUGGCUUUUGGCUCUUAAAGGAGGAACCUCAAGGUUUGCUUUCCUUCUUUUAUUUUUCUGUUAUUUUAUUUCACAUACUUCAGGUUUCAUUAAAUGUUUCAGGACGUUUUAUUCUUACAGAAAGAGCCAAGAGGAAGGAACGUUGGCUGAAGUGGCCGCUGAAGAUUUUUGUGGGGUUUUAACAUUUAACAGAAGGUAAAAUCCCAGCAUCCAGUCAGUUUAGACAAGAUUUCAUUCUUGAAACUUAAUUGCAAAGUUAAUAUAUAUACAUAAACUAUUUGUCCAUUUCUUUUUCUCAAUAACAGAAAUAUCUUCCCUUCUGCUGAUCAGGUUAUUUAAAUUUUGCAGCAAUAUACAUUAACACGCUUUUAAAUUUAAGGUUUUAAAGCUGAGACGGUCUUUAUCAUGUUCUGAAAUUAUUUUAAUCCAACUGUAAGUGUAUAAAAAUCACACAACAGAUUUUAAACUGUCUUCACUUGAUGAAAAACAAGAAACACCCAAACUGAGUGUGGAAAAACUAAAGUAAUUGGUGUGACUGAUCACCUUUACUAGAGCAGUAAUUUUGUCAGUUUGCUGUUCUGGAACAUAUUUCUGCUUCUUAAUAAAUUAUAUCAUUUUUG